GAUCUUGUCAUUUCACCGCCGUCGCUGUGCCAAGCGUAACCCGCAGGGCCCGGAAGUUUCUCCUCUGAGGCUUCUAGAAUGAACAGCGUGGCGUGGGAUGAUGACUUGCAGUGGUUUGAGGUGCAAUAAACGACGCCGUUUCUCGCUGGGCACUUCUGGGUUGAUUAGGUCACUUUCGUCGCGACGCGUGUCGUGUGUGGAAGACGAGUACUGUACUUAUGAAUCGAAAGUACGUCGCGAAGGUGGUUUCGUCCGUGGAACGCGGGAGACAACGUCGCGCGUAGCUGCUGGUUCAACGCUCGAAGCUAUUGUCCGUCUGUGCGUGUGUGUCGAGGCAAACGGCGUCGAGUACGACUGCUGGAAAAAACUAUCGCUGGAGAGAUGCGCGUGGUGCCUCGGUGCACGAUAAUUGCCGCUGACACGACGAAUCUGUGCUACCCUGCGUGUGCGCGCUGCACGCGCUCCCUGUCAGAGUACACCGUGAGAGGCCAGCAGGUCGCCACGUGGCGCCAGUGGGCGUGCAGCGAGUGCCAGCUGGCAGAUCGCUCUGCCAAGCCGAUUCAGGCAAUCGCGCGGCAAACGCAGCUGUUUAAGCUCAGGGUGAUUAUUGGGCGAGGUGCUUAUAAACAAGAGAAUGAGGCGAGGUGGAAGGCGUGAUAGUGAAGGAGGCAAGGAAAGGUGUAGAGUGAGAUGAGGUGAAAGGUGUGAGUAAGAUUCACGACGCCGAGGGGAAGCUAGUUGUCCACAAUGCUCAAGGCAGCAUUGCGGCGGAGCUUCUUUUGGUUUUGAGACGUCUCUCAAAACUAAACUUCUGUCACGCUGAGGGGAAGCUGGUAUCUAUCCACAAUGCUAAGGCAGCAUUGCGGAGCUUGUUUUGGUUUUGAGAUGUCUCAAAACUGAACAUCGAACACACUGAGGGGAAGCUGGUAUCGAUCCACACUGCUUAAGGCAGCAUUGCAGAGCUUCUUACUUGACUGUAUUUAAAGAAGGACAGAGAUUGGUGGUGGUAAGGCUCAAUGUGAUGAGCUUUGAGCACAGUGCUUAUCUAACUAAAAGAGCGUUUGCUUCGGAAUCUAUUCAUCAAAGCAUAGUUUUUCACGACUCCUGCAAGAGCUCAAGCAUGCAACCAUAUCUAAACCCAUCACGCCCUAGCCACUACCUCCUCCCCCAACCCCCAUUUUCCUGCACUUCCGCUGACUUGCCUCGCCGUCCCCCCCACACCCUUCCUUCUGAAUGGUGUCGCGACGCCUAUCAGCUGCUCCUGGUGCUGCCGGGGGAAUCCCAGCCGUUGGCUGCUGUGGCCUUUGACAAGGCAGCUCAACUGUUGAUUGGCUGCAAUGGCUCCCAGUGGAUGUGCUUCGUUGGCAAAUACCCUCAUGCAGCAUGCGUGCUGUCAGAGCUGCUGUGCGGCAUGGUGUGCCGCGUGCAGAUGAGGGACGCAGUGAGAGGCACCGGGCAGGAGGCGAGGCUUACUCACAUCGUGCCACUCACACUCACUCCCACACUCUCUCCCUCACUCACUCCACACUCGCCUUCUCCCCUCCCCAUGCACACUCACCUGCACACACCUCCUCACCUCCGUUGCCGAAUGCGUCCACAAUGCUUUCUCCUUUUGCUCAGCUGCAUCUGCUGUUUGGGGAGGUGGGGCACGGUGCAGAGGGGCAGGUGGAUGGGGCAGGGGGGAGGUGGCACCGGGGAGGGGACGGGUGGAGGGGGGCAUGCACAUGAGGUGGGGGAUGUGAGGGUUAUGCGGCACGCGAUACUGUGAUGGUUGUGCUACGAUUUGUUCGGUAUCGGUGACGUGUGACAGUGCUUGGUGGCUAUUCGGGACGUUGUGAGGCAGCUGAGAGGAUUCGACGGGCAUUGUGUUUUCCCAUGCAAUGGACCUAAGUAUCAGAAUUAGAAUUGAAUGAUGGUAAAGUGAGAGUACACACAAAUAUACCUAAGUGUUGUACCCUCUAAGAGGUAACC